AGGAUGGAAGCGGGCGCCGCGGGCGAGCCUGACACGGCCCAAGUGCUGCCCCAGCACAAGUUCGACUGCAAGUCCCUGGAGGCCUACCUAAACCAGCACUUGCCUGGCUUUGGGGCCGAACCCGAGGCCGCGCUGACGGUUGCCCAGUACAGAUCUGGACAGUCCAAUCCAACCUUUUAUCUCCAGAAGGGCUUUCAAGCAUAUGUACUGAGGAAAAAACCACCAGGUUCACUUCUUCCUAAAGCCCAUAAGAUUGAUAGAGAAUUUAAAGUCCAGAAGGCCUUGUUCUCUAUUGGAUUUCCUGUUCCCAAGCCUAUUCUGUACUGCAGUGAUGCUUCUGUCAUUGGAACAGAAUUUUAUGUGAUGGAACAUGUGCAAGGUCGAAUAUUUCGUGAUUUCACAAUUCCUGGAGUUAGCCCACCAGAACGUUCAGCCAUAUAUGUGGCCAUGGUAGAAACCUUGGCUCAAUUACAUUCCUUGAAUAUACAGUCAUUACAGCUGAAAGAAUAUGGUAUAGGAGCUGGGUACUGCAAAAGACAGAUAUCCACCUGGACAAAGCAGUAUCAAGCUGCAGCUCAUCAGGACAUCCCUGCCAUGGAACAGCUAUCUGAGUGGUUAAUGAAAAACUUGCCCGAUAAUGACAAUGAAGAGAAUUUGAUUCAUGGAGAUUUCAAACUAGAUAAUAUAGUUUUCCACCCAAAAGAGUCUCGAGUUAUAGCAGUACUAGAUUGGGAGCUUUCAACUAUUGGUCAUCCUUUGUCAGACCUAGCUCAUCUUUCCAUGUUCUACUUCUGGCCAAGGACAGUUCCCAUGGUAAAUCAAGGUUCCUAUAUUCGAGAAAACACAGGCAUACCGUCGAUGGAAGAACUGAUUUCAAUAUAUUGCCGCUGUAGGGGAAUUAAUUCUGUUCUUCCUAACUGGAAUUUCUUUCUUGCUCUUUCAUAUUUUAAAUUGGCUGGAAUAGCACAGGGAGUAUAUAGUAGAUAUCUUCUGGGAAAUAAUUCAUCCAAAGACAGCUUUCUAUUUGCCAGUAUGGUGCAACCUCUGGCAGAAAUGGGAUUACAACUCUCAAAAAGAACUUUCAGUACUGCAUUACUGCAGAUUGAUAAUGCCAGACAAUUGUUUGUACAGACAAGGAGAGGCCAGGAAGUUCUUACUAGGGUGAAAAAUUUCAUGAAACAACACAUCCUUCCAGCUGAAAAGGAAGUAAUUGAGUUUUAUGUUCAAAAUGAAAAUUCACUGGACAAAUGGAGAAAACCUUUAGUGUUUGAUAAACUUAAGGAAAUGGCUAAAGCAGAGGGCCUCUGGAACUUGUUUCUGCCAGCUGUAAGCGGUCUCAGCCAGGUGGACUAUGCCUUGAUUGCUGAAGAAACAGGAAAAUGCUUUUUUGCUCCAGAUGUGUUUAACUGCCAAGCACCAGACACAGGGAACAUGGAGGUGCUGCACCUAUAUGGAAGUGAGGAACAGAAGCAGCAGUGGCUCGAGCCUCUUCUUCAAGGGAACAUUGCCUCCUGCUUCUGCAUGACAGAACCUGAUGUAGCUUCAAGUGACGCCACAAAUAUUGAAUGCAGCAUCCAACGGGAUGGAGACAGUUACAUCGUUAAUGGCAAGAAAUGGUGGAGCAGUGGAGCUGGGAAUCCCAAGUGCAAAAUUGCAAUUGUUUUGGGAAGAACUAAAAAUACUUCUGUCUCCAGACACAAACAACACAGCAUGGUGCUUGUUCCUAUCAACACACCUGGAGUAGAAAUAAUAAGGCCUUUGUCAGUUUUUGGCUAUAUGGACCAUUUUCAUGGAGGACAUUUUGAGAUCCAUUUUAAUCAAGUACGAGUUCCUGCCACCAAUUUAAUCCUAGGUGAAGGCAGGGGAUUCGAAAUUUCCCAAGGCCGCCUGGGACCUGGCAGAAUCCACCACUGUAUGAGGACAGUUGGUUUAGCGGAACGUGCUUUGCAGAUCAUGUGUGAACGGGCAUCACAAAGAGUAGCCUUUAAGAAGAAACUGUAUGCGCACGAGGCUGUGGCUCACUGGAUUGCUGAAAGCCGCAUUGCCAUUGAGGAGAUCCGCCUGUUGACCCUGAAAGCUGCCCACAGCAUGGAUACUCUGGGCAGUGCUGGUGCUAAGAAGGAGAUCGCAAUGAUCAAAGUGGCUGCCCCACGGGCUGUCUGCAAAAUUAUCGACCGGGCCAUCCAGGUGUGUGGAGGUGCUGGCGUUUCCCAGGAUUAUCCUCUAGCUAACAUGUAUGCCCUAACUAGAACUUUGCGGUUAGCAGAUGGACCUGACGAAGUCCACCUCUCGGCAAUCGCAAAGAUGGAGCUGCAGGACCAAGCCAGAGGGUUGACAGCCAAGAUGUAAGGAGAGUGACACUGCCACAUCCCACAGGCAGAAGCUCUCCUUUCUACAGACUUAACUGACUGCAAUUUGAAUCUCACAUUUUUGUAGCAUUUUUAGCACAGGGUUAAUUACUUGUGGUUAAAAAUUUUAGCAUCUGUUUUGAUCAGUGGGUUUUGUAAUCUUGAGGGACACACAGGAAAGUAAACAAGAAAUUCUGUAGCUCUUGUCACCCACUCUGGUGCCCAGGCGGCUUAGCGUUUACUUUUUAAACAUGACAUGUAAAGAGAUCACAAAGUAAAUUGGAGAGCUAAGCAUAGGCAUAAAAAUAUUUGUAGCUGAAUUUUAGGAAUUGUCUGUGUAAGUAAAUAACUCCUGGAAUAUUUCUUCAUUACUUUGAAAACAAUAGAGAGGGACCCCGUUUUAACAGUCUGUUUAGGGGGCAGUUUAACACAGAGUAGUAAUGUUUGCACUGGCGAGAAGCAGGAGUGACGGGGUGCUUUAGAAUUCAUGUAAUUACAAGCCUCUUCCUAAUUCAACAGGAAGCACUUCUGCAUCAAAUCUGAAUGCAGUUUAAAGUUUACUAGAACACAUGGCAUCUUGGGAGAAAAUGUCAAUAAGGACCAUUUCAGUUUAUAAAAUGUUGAUGAGAACAGUAGACAGUUUCAGCUACAAAAAAGUUCUUUCAUUUUGAAAAGAUACUAAAGACAGUCUGCUCUGAAUGCCGUCAUGUUAACACAACACCCAGUGCAAACAUGCUGGGGCUAAUUACAUCAGCUCUGUCCACACAGCCAUUGACCGCAUGUGACUCUUGAGCACUUGGAAUGUGGCUGGUACAAAUGAAGAACUGAAUUUUUAAUUUAAAAACUUAUUUUGGCCAGGUACAGUGGGUCCUACCACUCUGGGAGGCUAUGCUUAUCCGAGUGAGUAGCCAGUUAAGGAUCUCCUGAGCUCAGCAGUUCAAGACCAGCCUAAGCAAGAGUGAGACCCUGUCUCUACUAAAAAUAGAAAAACUAGCUGGGCAUCAUAGUAGGCGCCUAUAGUCCCAGCUACGCAGGAGGCUGAGGCAAGAGACUGAGGUUGCUGUAAGCUAUGAUGAUGCCAUGGCACUCGAUCCCAGGUGACAGAGUGAGACUCCAAAAAUAAAAUAAAAUAAUAAAAAUAAAUAAAUAAUUUUUAUUUUAAAGAUCAAUUCUCAACUCAGUUAGUGAAAAACUUUUAAGUAUGUUUGGAAUAACUUGGAUAUAUGAGCAAAUGUUUUCAACUGUAAAUUUUAUGAAAUCUAAAUACUGAGCAAGUACUUUGAAUGAAAAGUUACUAU